CCACCAGAACCACAAUAUGCAUAUCUUAUAAUCUUUCUCCAAUUUACGGACUUAAUUAUUGUUCUCCGUAGUUUAUAUAGUGUUUAUUAUUAAUAUAGUGUGUUAUUUAAUAGACCCGCCUACUAAAUAAAGAUUAAACUUCAAGUCCAGGGUCACAUUUUCUGAAGCCAUUGCCAAUUUAAUACAUCAGUUAACGCACAAAGGCUACGUUAAUCGGAUACUUAUUAACUAUGCACAAUCUGUGUAAAUAAAUAAUUAAAAUUCUAUUGUGCGAAAAACCGAAGGAUAAACCAAUUAUACAAAUAAUUACAUCAAUAGUAUACGAUAUUCCGGCAGAUAUUAAAGAAUAUCAAAUAAAAUAACAAUGAAAAAAAUUAUAGUAUUAAUGCUAUUUGUUUUUGAAGCAAUGUGUGGGUCCCAAAAAUGUGAAGAAGUUAUUGUAGACACCGAAGAAGUGAAGGGUCAGUGUUGUUUAUAUUUUAAAAACGAAUUUACUACUUUAAAUUUAGAACAAGUUAUUCAACGUUCUCACCAUUCAAACAGGAUGCAUCAAUCUCGCAUUAUAUAUCCCGACAGUGAAUUAAGAUCCAGAAAUACAAAUGAAGAUAUUAAUCGAAGAAAAGAUGUAAUUAUUGAUAAAAACAGAGAAAACUUAAAUGAAAAUAAUUUUAAAAAUAAACCAAAAGUAAAUGAGCAUAAUAGAAACGUAAUGAAAGAUGAUAGAUUGAAUAGAAAUGGAGAAAAACCUAAUGAUGAUAGUGUGAUUGGAACUAAAAUUAAACCAACUAUACCUGUAAAUCAAACCACAGAGGGACCAAAUGGCGUCGAAAAUAUAACAGUUGAAAUUGGAAAUAGAAAUAAUGUUGACGUUCCCGAAUUUUGCCCGAAUGGUUUUAGAAAGGAUUACAAUGGAGAAUGCCAAGAAAUAUUUAAAUAAAUGCGCAUUAGCAGUUUAAACGUUUCAUGUACCUUUUACAAAAUAUAGCAAUUUGUUUUACUUUACUGAAUAUAUUACUAUGUUAAGUGAACCGAAUAAAGGUUAAAAUUGUAUUAACAGACUAAAGUCAUUUAUGUAUCUUUCAC